CGGAGCUGGAGCUGGCUCCCCCCCAGUUUCCUGUUGACGUCACCUGCUAUUUCGCUGCUGCAGUUUUUACAACUGUUGAGCUUUCAAGGGUAACCGGAGCCGAGACCGGCCAACCUCGGCAGCUGCCGAUGAGGGAACGCGGUGCUACCUUCCCCGUCUCCCCCCGUUCACCAGCCUCACGGACCCCCGGCAGCCGGGGACGGCGGGCGAGGAGACCUGCGUGAAGCCGACGAGCACUUUGUGCCAUGCAUUCCCACCGAAAAUAAUCAUUGGUGCUUGCAAGGAGUGCUGGGUGCUGGAUCCUGCAGGAUUUUUUUUUCUUUUUCUUUUUUUUCUCCCCCCCUCCCCUGCUCCCUCCUCCAGCCCGCCUCCAUCCCUCUCUUCGGCCAGGCGUGCGGGUGCUUUGCUUCAUUUCUGGGAAACCAUGGACAAGAAGCAAGAUUCCAAAGGAUCCUUGGAGCCGCACAAACCAGUGAAAAGCAAGAAGAAGCGGGAGCUGAGGAUAACAUGUGUCCCCAUCAAACAGCCCGUUGCCAACACAACGCCGCCGAGGAACUUGGACUCCAGAGCGUUCAUUACCAUCGGAGAUAAAAACUUCGAGGUGGAAGCUGAUGACCUGGUGGCAAUUUCCGAGCUGGGCCGUGGAGCUUAUGGUGUGGUGGAGAAAGUCCGACACGCGCAGAGCGGCACCAUCAUGGCCGUGAAGAGGAUUCGAGCGACUGUGAACACUCAGGAGCAGAAGAGAUUAUUGAUGGACUUAGACAUCUCCAUGAGGACAGUUGACUGCUUCUACACCGUCACCUUCUACGGAGCCCUCUUCCGAGAGGGCGAUGUGUGGAUCUGCAUGGAGCUCAUGGACACCUCCCUAGAUAAAUUCUAUAAGAAAGUACUGGAGAAGAAGAAAACCAUCCCUGAAGACAUUUUGGGGAAAAUGGCUGUGUCUAUUGUACGAGCUCUGGAGCAUCUGCACAGCAAACUGUCCGUAAUCCAUAGAGACGUGAAACCUUCCAAUGUGCUGAUCAACAAGGAGGGACAUGUGAAAAUGUGCGAUUUUGGGAUCAGCGGCUACUUGGUGGACUCGGUUGCGAAGACCAUGGAUGCCGGCUGCAAACCGUACAUGGCUCCUGAAAGAAUAAACCCUGAGCUGAACCAGAAGGGCUACAACGUGAAGUCGGACGUCUGGAGUCUGGGGAUCACAAUGAUCGAAUUGGCCAUUCUUCGCUUCCCGUACGAGUCCUGGGGGACCCCCUUCCAACAGCUCAAGCAAGUGGUGGAGGAGCCUUCGCCCCAGCUGCCCACCGAUCGCUUCUCCAAGGAGUUUGUGGACUUCACAGCGCAGUGCUUAAGGAAGAACCCCGCUGAACGAAUGAACUAUCUAGAACUUAUGGAACACCCUUUCUUUACUUUGCACGACACCAAAGAGACUGACAUGGCCUCCUUCGUGACAGAGAUCCUCGGGGAAGACUCCUAACUCGAACCUCACGGCUUCGUGCAGUCCCCUCCAUCCUGGCUUCCCCGCAGAAGAGCGAAUGAGGACUCGAGUUACUGGUGCUUUGCACAAAUCACUCUUCCCCAACCCGUGGGCACCUCUGGCCCCAUCCGGCCUCGCAAUUUCUUUUCUCUUUGCCCUGUAAAUGAAAUCCCCCAGGAUGAGCAUUCUGAAGCCCAGCACCUUUCCAACUAAGCCACGGAGACCGAAGGCUCGGGAUUUCCCUGCUGAUGCCAGCGUAUCCCUCCCGGGGAGAAGACCCUGCCCGUGGUGCCUGAGGGGGGCCAGGGCAGAGGAUGCCGGGGGGGACAUCUCCCCUCCCCAGCUGCUGCACGGUGCAGGGGGUUUGUGUUUCUUUUGCUGCCUGGGGAAGGCAGAGAGAAAAAAACGCUGCUGCGCUUGUCCCGCUCUUCUCCCCUGCCUGCCCCAAGCCCCUUCCACGGAGUCUGGUCUCGCUCACCUUCCCUUUGUGCCUGGUUUUCUGCCCCCAGGAGCCUACGCAGCUUUUUAGGGGGCUGUGGGGCUCCCUGGGCACGCUGCUGUUCACACCAGAGGGUGUUUUAAUGCCUGGCUCGACAUCUUAAUGACCCUUUCAGGCAGCACCAGACGGGGCAUCCCCCGCCCUGAAUCGAUACACCACUCCCUUGGGGGGGGGGGGGGCGUGGAAAAAAGGCAUUUUUUGAUGAGCCCACCUUGACGCAAGCUGCGACCCACCUUCUCCCCAUGCCUGCCCACGGACUUCAUCCCGCACACGGUGCUCCCUUUCCCACGCGGGCACAAGGGGAGGGAGAGACGAGCAGGUCCCCGGGCGCUGCCUCUCUGCCCUCCAGCCGUUUGCUGGGAGGAAUCAGCCCCGCUCCGGGCAUCUCGCGCCUUCCGCAGCCUCCGCCUUCCCUGGCUCCUGGAGAAGACGUUGCUCCAUCUCCGUUCCAACACGGGAGCUCGUGUAAGACCUCACACUGUGACACCGUUCGUUUCGGAGGCCGGAUUUGCACCCCUCGUGUCCCAAAACUGCCUUGGAACCCUCCAGCCGCCCGCCGGGGUGUCAGCCGAGAUCGAAACCCAGUGACUCGCACGGGGGCUGCCGACAGUUGUACAUUUUAUGUCUAUAUAUAAUGGACUUUGUAACAUGUUUCCUAGUUUUAAUCUAACUUGCUAUAAAUUAAAGCCCUUCUGCGUGGGAGGAGGGAGGAGCAGUUCCUUCUCCGCUGACAAAUCCACUGUGAAAACCUGAUGUGUUUCCCCGCGCUCCCAGCCCGAGCGCCCUGUAAGGAGCUACGGCAGCGAAAGGGAUGUCUGUCUUCUGCUGUAUAUGAUCGCGGGAUAAACGCAUCGGCUGUGGAUUUUGUUGGAUUUUUUUAAAAUAGAUUGAGUUUUCAGAGGGAGGUUGUUUUUUGUUUUGUUUUUUUUUUCCUUUUCUAAUAUAUAUUUGUGUGUGUGUAUGUGUGCGCUAUAUAUUAUAUAUUUUUAAAUCAACGAUGAAUGUGUGAAUGUCUACGUGGCCAGCAGAUUUGGUGAAAUGGCUAGCAUUUUUCUGACUAAAUUUGGGGUGGUGGGGAAGGGGUCACGCGAAGACACCUUCUCCUAAGACUUUUUUUUUUUUUUUUUUUUUUUUAAAAAAAAAAGAAAUGCAUCUAUUUUUUAAAGUUGCUCUUUUUGAAAACGUUUUUCCUGAAAUUCCUGCCCUGGAGGCCUGGAUUUCAGGGUGCAUUUCCAGCGUUCAGGGUGGAUGACGAAGAAUGAUGUCCCCUUAAAUUCAUUGCUCCCCAACUCCUACCGCCGGGGCGGGGGGACACCCCGCUGCCUGGGACAGGGCUGUUUGGCACCGUGAUUCCUGCCGGCUGCUCCCGGGGGAAGCUGCUUCAGGACAAAUGCUUUUCAGUCCUCCGUGGCAUCGGGGACUUUUCCCCCCGUCGCCGCCCUGAAUCCCCUUCCCCGAGUCGACAAACCCCGAGAGAACCAUCCCGGGCUGAGCUGGACAAACCCCCUUCGGCUUUGGUUCGGCCUUGACCCCCCCCCCCCACCUCUUUAUGUAAAAAAUAAGAAAGUGAUUGAUGUUCUCCACUUCUCCCUCCUCGCUCCUGCUCUGCAAACCACCCGACGCUCUCCCAGAGCUCUCCCUGUCCCGCUUGGUUUCACAGCUUUGCAGCUGAGAUGUACAAUUGUAAUUUUUUUUUUUAUUUUUUUUUUUUGCAUAGUUGGUUACUUCGGAUUUUUUUUUUUGUUUGUUUUUGAUGUUGAGCUUUUGGUUUUUUCCCUUCUCUCUUCCUUUGGACCCCUUUCCCCUUCCUUUAUUAUCUCACCCUUUUUUGGUGCUUUGGGGAAUGGUGAUUUUGAAUUUUUAUUUUGCAUGUUGUUUGGUUGUUUCCCCCCCACCCCCUCCUGCAUUUUUCCUCCUGGAGAAAGUCCCGAUUCCUGUAUUUUGGGGAAAAGGAGCAUCUGCCUUUUUAAACGCUGGGGAGAUGCCUCUGGGGUGGCCUUGGGACCCUGUGGUCUUACCUGUCCCUCUUCACAUCCAGCGCUUUCCUGUCCUGCUGGGUCCCCUCUGCCGCGGCGGGGGGGGGAACCAGCUUGGCUUUAAGGUGGAGGAGGAUUUUGACUCGCAGCAGAAGCCCUUCUAGCCUUGUAUUUUUGAGAACGGUCUGUACCCAUUAAACCCAGUCAUUAUUUUCAAUAAAAUUCACCCUCAGUCCA